CCCUAAACGGCGGAUUAAAUCAUCAUCAUAUAAAUUCGCAGCUUACGCUUUCACCGGCAGCGAUUCGAAACUCCACGAAGCACCCAUGGAAGCCGCUAGUUACGACGGCGCUACUCUAAACUUCGAAUCCAAAAUCAGUUACGAAGCAAAACUAAAAGAACUUCUUCACAGAAUCACUUCACCGGAAAUUAAACUCUGUUCAUCCGCCACAAAAGAGUUCAAAAGCCUCUUAAAAACCGAAAACAGUUCGAAACUUCUUCGCGGUUACGUUACCGCUUCUCCGAAAUGCUCCGAGUUAAUCGAAGCUUGGAAGUUACGACAAGGUAGACAAGGUUUACAUUACGUUUUAGAGUUAAUUUCAACAUUAUUCAGUCACUCUGAUGGUAAAACAGGUUUAAACGGUGUUGUUAAGGAUUUGGAUACAUUUGCGCGGUUAAUUGUUACGGAUUGUUUGAAUGAUUUGUAUAAGGAGUUGAAUUGUAAGGAAUUGAAGAGGCAGAAAGCGGUUUUGUUGCUUUUAGCUUCGAUUGUGAGGCGUGGGAAUAGUUUAGCUAACGAGGUUGCCAAGAGUUUUGAUUUUAAGGUUUCAGGAUUUGCGGCAUUGGCGAAGAGGAGGAAAAAGGAGAGGGAUGGGAAGAGGGAGUUUUUGUUGAGGAAAUCGUUUGUUGGAUUUGCAAUGUCGUUUUUGGAGGUAGGGAAACCAGGGUUGUUGCGUUGGAUUUUGCAGCAGAGGGAGAUGUAUUCCGGUGUGCUGCGUGGAUUGGAGGAUGAUGAUGACGAGACCGUUAUUUUUGUUUUGGAGACGUUGAAGGAUUGUGUACUUGUUGAGGAAUCGUUGGUGCCGCCGGGGUUGAGGAGUGUUUUGUUUGGGAGUGUGACAUUGGAGCAGUUGGUUGGUAUUUGUGGGAGGGAAGGUGGUGGUGAUGCUGCUAAGAUUGCUUUUGAUGUUCUGGUUUUGGUUUGUACGGAUCCGAGUAAUGGGUUGAUGCCUGAUUCGAAGAGGAGGCCGCAUCCGUUGAAGGGUAAUUUGAAGAGGAUGAUGGAUUUGUUGAAGAAGAUGUGGCCUGCUGAGGUUCAGUAUCAUAGGGAUUUGCUUUUGGCUAUUGUUAAUGCUAGACCUACUUUUGGUUUGUUGUAUUUGAAAGAGUUUCCUUACAAUGUUGAAAACUAUAAAUCUUCUUCAUGGAUUGCUGCGAUAUCUGUUGCAGCUGAUUUGGUUUCUUCAAUCAGCAGUGGCAUUUCCAAGGAAUUUGAUAAUUCCCAGUCAAAUGGUCCUCCCUCGAUUGACAACAUGGAUUUACUUGACAUUGUGAAAUGUUUGUUUCCUCGUCCAUUCAGCAGGUCAAUGUUUAACAAGGGAUUGCCUCAUGCUGACACUUUUGUUAAACAUGGUACUCUAAGGCUUCUUCUGGAGUUAUUGAAACUGCUGGACUCUCUUUUUGGUGGUUUGAACCAUAAUUCUAGUUCAUCAGACAAUACAUUGAUGCAACAUAUGGUAUCUGUCAAGCAAGAAAUUCAGAAUUACGUUCAACCAUAUCUUCCUGAUUUGCAGGUUUUAUUAAAUUUACUCUCCUCUUUAGAUGGCUGUUAUGAAUCCCAUAACUCAAGUUUGAAGAGAAAUGCAUGCCAUCAUGAACAUGAUGAGAAUAGUAGAAAGAAGUUGAAAAUGGAUACUUCUGAGACUGACAUAGAUAUAAUUGUUGGUGGGAUAAAUUCUGCUCCAAAUAUUGAUUUGAUUGGUAACAGUGGAACAGUUAACAGUGGAACAGUUGACAGUGCACUUAAAGAAGAUGCACUGGAUGAUGUAGAGGAUCUCAUGAAUAGCAUUGGGGAAAUGUGGGAUUUGGAUCUUCAUUCCAUGGAUAUUAGCACCCUGAAGGAUGCAGAAUCAUACUUACUGUCUAAACUGCUUGAUGCUCUCAGAUAUUAUCAUCGGACUUUGCCUUCCACUGUGGAUCAAUCGUUUGAUUCUUUUAAAGGUCUUCUUAGAAACCCAUUAGAGUUAACAAGUCAUCUGCAAGUCUCACUGUUGUCUUUGCUUGUAGAAUAUAUUCAAUGGUGUCCAGAGAAUGAAAUUCCCAUAAGAACUCCAGCCAUGUUGUACAAAUAUCUACAGCCAUUCAUUAAAUUGUUUAUGUUUUCACCAAUAACCAAGACAAGGAAUUUAGCAUACAGGUUGGCUGUGGCAGCUAUGUUCAGUACUGGUGCUUUUGACGGGAACCUUCAUGAGAUACAUACAUGGUUUUUGUUUAUACCAGGUUAUCAAAGGGAGCAAUCCCCGGUUAAUAUCUUGAAGGUGGAUGUUUUACAGAGUUUGACUUCGUUUGUCAUAACAUUCUUAUGUGAUGCUGUUUCUACACUUGGGAAUAACUUAGUAAAAUAUUGGAAUAUCCUUAUGAAUUAUAUACAUUCUUUUGAAGGUGAUAAAGAUUUACAACCUGAUUUUAGUCCUUUUAUCAUAUGUGUACUGGAGAAGUGUCUAAAGGUGAUCCGAUCUAAGUCAGGAUCCUGCUCGUUGCCAAAAAAAUCGAUGGUAUUAUUAUACACUUGCAAUACAGUGAAAUAUCUCUUGCAAACCCAGGUCAAUGCUGAAUUGUUAUCUUCUGUAGUUAGUGCAGACUUGACUGAGAACUUUGGCAGCAAUUAUGAAUACGAUGAAGUCUUUCCUGAGUGGAAGCCUCUAAAGAACUUGUUGAACUUUGUGGAGGGCAUAUCACACCAACAAAAUUGUUGCCUUUUCUCUGGAAAAAAGGAAUAUGUCCUUCCUGAUGGUUCUUUGGGAAGUGCACUUUGUGAUGUAAAUAGAUUAUUAGGUGGCGGAGAUGGUCAUCAGUUGGCUGAAACAGCUGUAGCUUUCAUAUCGUCCAUUGUAUGUGAAAAUACUGAUAAAACAUCCACAAAUCUACCGUCGGGUGUGGUCAUUCUAAGUGAUUUACUUGAUGUUCCUUUCCCUAUCUUAUCAUCAAUAUUUUUUCUGGAUUAUAGUGUUCUUGUCCAUGCUUCUAAGAUGUGGCCUGUGAUGUUUUAUGCUGGCUUGGAUAUGGCCAUAUCUGAUCUGGGUAGUGAUAGUCGAAGUGCUGCUCCUAUUGAGACAUCUGAUCUUACAUCUUGUCCAGACUCUCUAACUUGUAGCCAACUGUUGGAUGCUUCUGAUACCGAUGCUGAUGCCGAUGCAUUUAGUAUCCUUCUAAAACAGACACCUUUCCAUGUGAUAUUACCGGCAAUGAUGUGUAUGAAUGGUCAUUACUCAUCAAAGCUUUCUGAGAUGCAAGAGCUUAAUUUCAAAAAAAACAUGCAAGAGCUUCUGCUACAUAAAUCAUGUGAAUCCAUUUCUGGCUGCUCAGUCCUUCCCAAUCUGCAGCUUGUGCUGUUCUGGACUCAUCAGAUUCAGUUAAGUCAUGAAGUUAUCCCAUUAGCUGAAAUAGAACAACUUUUGAAUCUCUGUGUUAUUCUUGUACAGAAUUUAUUAGCGCAAUUAUUUGUUCCAGAAAGUGGUUCUGACUUGUCUGUAAAAAACUCGUCUUUCUCUUCAACAAGUCAUUACAUUCAAAAAGUGAUUAAAACCAUUUUUUGUCAUCCUUCUGUUCUGAUGUCGUUAUCCUUUUCUUUGGAAAAUUGCCAAAACAUUUCAAAUGGAAAUACAGGAACCGGCUUUGAUAUCCUAAAUGUACUAUCCAGUGAGGGGUUUACAAAAUUUGGUAAUCCAAUUUUAAACAUAUUGACAAUGACCCUAAACAACAUGUGGUCGUUAUUAGGUUCCCACUUUCAUGGAUCAAAAACUCAAGAUGUCGCUAUUAAUUUUGUCAAAAUCUUUAAAAGCCUUCAACAGAAGCUGUUUCUGGAUGUCAAGGAAAGAUUUGAGCUGUGCAUUGGUACUAAAGAUACGACACAUCUUCUUCCAACACUGUAUGUGUUACAUACUUUGCAUAAGUUUUUAUCCCCUUUUCAGCUCCUUGAAUUAGUAGAUUGGAUGUUCAAAAGAGUCGAGAUGGAUGAGUUGCCAAUUAUGCCGUCCUUUUUAUCUGUUGGAUGUUCCGUAGCUGCUGAUGCUUUCAGCUCUUUGUCCUUUUAUUUUCAGCAGUCCAGUGGAAACAGGGUACCGUAUGAGUUGUUUUGGGAAAUGGGUGAAAACAAUGUGAAAGCUGAUAUUUUUGAGCAGAUCUACAGCAAGGUGAUUGACUUUUCUGUAAAAUAUGAAAUAGAUUGUGCGGACAGAUGUUUGCAUGAAGCUGUCAAUGCUUUGUAUAAGCAGAAAAAUAUGCAACAAGAAACUUUUCAUCCUAUGCUGUUGGCUGUGCGAAAAAUUAUAAUGAGUACUCCUGUGAAAAUGCUUUCUCUUUGCCUGUACAAAAUGAAUGCAAAGAAAGUUAAAUUCUUACAUAUUCUCACUGAACUGAGCUCUCUGCAUUCAUUAGUAUUUGGGCAUUUAUUUUUGGGUAUAGUGAAUAGAAGUUUACAUCAUGAUGUUGGGGUUACAGGAGCCAUUGAUGUAAAUCUUUCUGAAGAUCAGUUUAUACUGCUUCUUCCAACCUCCUUAUCAUAUUUGAGGUUGAUUUUUAAGAGAUUUGGGGAUCUGAAUCACGGAGAUUUUAAACAGAUACCUAACUUCUAUUCAAAAAUCUUUUUAAAAGGUUUUAGUCAGUGGAAGAGCUUUUUGUCAAAAGACCUAUUUGAGGAAGAGUAUGGAGAAUCCAUGCCAUCAUCUGUUCAAGAACUUCUCUGUCUUACUGAUUGUAGUCUCCUUGGAAAAUCAAUUCAUAUGUUGCAGUAUCACUUUGCUCUUAAUGGAGAUUCGCUGAAACUGAAGAAGCGACUAAAGCUUUUCAAAUCCAUUUUCCCUAAAUUAUCCUCACAUGAUGAGCUGAUGGAUUGUGAUAUUCAAUUUAUGGAUAGUUAUUCUCUUCGCCAGUCUUUUAACAUAAUUAAUCAUGUUGUUGCAAAGAUAUCACUUUGUAAAAUGUUACUGUUUCAUGAAGAAGUGGGUGGGGAUUUGAAAAAGGUUGGUGAAGAAAUGCAAAGAAAAUUGGAAGCAUCUAGGAUGCAUUUCAUAAACGUUUUGGUGGACAUUUGGCAGCUUAUUGUUCAGAAAUUUUCUUUAACAUCUGAUCAGUUGGGAACUGGGAAAACCAUAAACAUUUCAUUGCUACAUAAUCACUUGGAAGUUUUUGUGUUAACCAACAUUCUUGAGUUGGCUGUAGAGAUGCAAAAUGAUCUUAUUCAAUCACAAUCGAUUCCAUUCCUUGAGCAAUUAAUCAGAUCUGCUCUUCUCUAUAGGUUCAGUGAUCCUUUGACAAUGAAAACCCUCCAGGUUCUGGUGACUCGGCUCAAUGAGGGGAUGCUAUCAUAUGAUUUAUAUCUUCAAUUAUUACUUGCUCACUCUCAGUUUGCUCCCACUCUCCAUUUAGUGCGCAGACCAGCUGGUUCCUUUUUGAAGCCUGUAUCUAGCAUUCUGAAAUGUAUUGCCAUUCCUUCUCUUGACCACUCUGAAAAUAAUAAGAAUCACAAGGAGCAAACAACCAAGCUCUCUAAAGGACCACUGGAAAUUGUUAAAUUGCUUUGGAUACUCUUAUGGACAAAGGCCCGUCACACUGGUUUAGAUUCUCAAAAUGACAUUGGCAUAAAUUUAAAAGAACUGCAUGCACUACUGCAUCAUUCUUAUGGUUCAACACUCAGUGAGAUUGAUUUGGCUAUAUACAAUGUGAUGAAACAAAUUGAGUCUGUGACUGGAUCAUGCCCUCAGAAUGUAGAGUUAAAUUCCGAAGCAAUUGAGGAAUGGACUAGAAGUCGGCAAAGGGACAACUUUCCAAUUGACCCGGACAUAUGUGUGUCAACAGUGCUGUAUUUUCCUUAUGACAGAAGUAUUUCUGAUGAAGUGCCAUCUGUGAACAAGAUUGAAACUGACAAUGUCAGGAAAAAGAUACAUUUUUCUCAUGUUGAACUUAGAGAGCGUUAUGAUCCCGUAUUUAUCUUGCAAUUCUCAAUUCAUGGCCUGUCUAAAGCAUUCAUAGAGCCUGUAGAGUUUGCUGGAUCAGGGUUGCUUGCAAUUGCAUUUGUUAGCAUGUCUUCUCCAGAUCAUGGAAUACGAAGAUUAGCUUAUGCGACACUUGAUAAAUUUAAGAAAGCAUUAGAGAAGUGCCAAAAGAGGAAGGAUGUAAUGGGACUUCGGCUUCUAAUGAAUUCUGUUCAAAACAGUAUAGAAGAGCCAUGGCAAAGAAUCCCAUCAGUUAUUGCUCUGUUUGCUGCAGAGGCAUCUUGUGUAUUGUUAGAUUCAUCACAUGAUCAUUAUGCAGCUAUAAGUACAUUUUUGAUACAGUCUUCUAAGUUCAAUAUGAAGGUUGUACCUCUGUUUGAUAACUUCAUUUGGAGUUCAUCCGUCAAUUUCAAAGCAGAGAGAUCUUGGAUACUUCGGCUAGUAUAUGCAGGGCUGAACUCAGAUGAUGAUGCUAUGAUAUAUAUCAGGAAUUCUAUUCUUGAGAAUCUAAUGAGCUUUUAUCUCUCUCCUCUCUCGGAUGUUGUGUCAAAGGACCUGAUCUUUGAAGUGAUAAAGAAAUCUAUUAAAGUCCAAAAGAUUGCUCGUCAUCUAGUGAAACGCUGUUCUUUAUUUUCAUGGUUAUCAUCUCUGAUCUCAGUUGCGAGAAGGGUUGGGCUUAAUGCAGAUGAAAAUAGAUUUUUCUUGAAGCAUGUAUUGGUAGUAUUGAAGGUUGUCAAUGAUGUUAUUUCAUCUGGAAGCAUGUCCAAGUGGUUGCAAAAUCAUGGCUUUGAGCAACUCAUGGAGCUUUCAUCUAAUCUAUUCAGUGUUGUACUCCAUGAUGUAACAAUGACAGAUGAAACUGUGGGAUUAGUUAAUCCUUUUCUACAAAUGAUAGUGUCGGUGUUGAAGUUCUCUCAAAAAAGGGAAAUAUGUCAGUCACAUUUCACCUUAUCAAUUCAGGGUUUAUAUCAGAUAUUCCAGGCUGGCAGUGUGUGUAAUCAGGCUACGAAAGGAAUUAAUCCAGAUUUAUCUCUUGAAGCCAUACUUAUGAGUGCACCUCCUACUUCCAUUUUCUUAAUGGAUGAGGAAAGGCUUCAGAAUUUUAUCACCUGGGCAAUUACAACUGCUUUAGCGUCAGAGUCUAAACAAAGGCUGAGGUCUAAUGAGUCUCGCUUAAUUGUUAAAACAGAAUUAGGGGAAGAGUCUCAUGAUGACACAUUAGUGUCAAAAUUUUUGCGUUGGUUAACAGCAUCAGUAAUCAUUGGGAAGCUUCACCAGAAAUCCAAUGAUACAUAUUCAGUGUUUUCUGAGACAAAUACACUAGAAUCCCUGCAUUCUUUACUGGUGCAUGUAGAAAAUACAUCGAGACAAAGACAUGAUAUUAAUACUGAUUGUGAGGAGUUGCUUGCCUCUACAAUUUUCUAUCUCCAACUGCUUCCUGGUAUAAAUCAGGAACUGCUACCAUCAGUUUUAUCUGCUCUCUGUCUCCUGACUUUUGGUGCCUCUAACAUAUCAGUGGGAAGAACUGAUUUAUUGCAAGACUACAAUACUUUCAUAUCAUCAAACUCUUCAAGGGUACGAUGCCCUCCCGAAGCUAAUCCGGCUUGGAGAUGGUCAUUUUACCGGCCAAGGAAGGAUCAUUCACUGGAGCUCACUGGUACACAAGCUAUGGAGGAAUAUCAUGCUUGCCAAAAUCUGUUGGUCAUUGUUGCAAAUGUGCUUGAUGGAAAGAAAUUAGAGUCAGCUCGUUUGUCCCCUCUAGAUGUAGAGAUAUCUACCUUAAUCCAAUGGGAAAAAAGUUUACUAAGAAACUAAGUGCUUAUUAUAAACCCAUUUUUUGGUAUGUUGAAAGUGUAUCUACCUUAACUCUAGUGAGAAUUUAUAAAGAUCAACCCCACUUUGAAUGUGAAUAUCUCUUUUUGUAAGAAUAUUGUUAUAAAGAUUAAAUUCAGGAAAAAGGAUUUGCUUAUUGUGGAAAGCAUAAUUUCACGAAAUUUAA